UAUGACUUUUGAUUAAUUGUGAGAAGUUAUUGGAGGGAGAGGGUUUUGUUUAACAGCUGAGCUACGCAACAACACUACGGGGGCUACGCGCACUGUAAUUGCAAAUACAAUUCCGAUCUCUGCUUCCUUCAUCGUUAUUGGAUAAGUGAAUGACCGCAAAAUUCGAUUUAACGUCUGCUUCUGAACCUCACAAGAUGUCUGGAGCUACAUCUACAACACCUUCUAGUAACCAAAAGCUCUCUAAAUUUGGUGCCAAAUCUGGAUUUGUUAUCCCCAAAAACAAGUUAUUAGGAUCAUUGGUCCCCAUUAUCCGAGGAGCUAAAAAAGACGGGGUCACUGGAGUUGUCAAUGAAGAAAGUUCAAAACAAAUCGAGAGGAAAUCAAGAUGGGGACCUGAUCCAACACAGGAUGCAUUUGUCAGGAAGGCUAAGGUUUUGGCAUUGCAGAUUCGAGUGGACCAAAUUUCAAAGAUGUUAGAAUCAGAAAAUCCAGAGAUUGUAGACACUCAGAACUCACCAUUGGAGGAUGAGAAUCCAGGUGCAAGCAAGGCUGGUUCUCAAAUUAAUAGCAAGAAGUCAGAAAUGCUAGAACUCGAAAAGCGGGAAGCAAUAGGUGAAAUACUAAAAUUAGAUCCCAGUUACAAGCCUCCACCUGGUUUUAAACCAUUGUUAAAAGAAGACAAUGUUCCUUUGCCUGUCCAAGAAUAUCCUGGGUACAAAUUUGUUGGUCUUAUUUAUGGGACUGAAGGUGAUAAUCAGAAGCGACUGGAGAAGGAAACUGGUACCAAGAUAAAAAUUCAUGGAACCAAAGCAGACACAGGAGAGAAAGGUGAAAUUAAACCAGGCACUGAUGUCCAGUGCGGUUACCAAGAGAUGCAUGUCAACAUAUCAGCUGAUAGUUUUGAUAAAGUGGAUGCAGCAAUUUCCAUCAUUGAACUACUAAUUUCCUCUGUAACGGGGAAUUCAGCUGCUGGUUCCACACCUUCUCUAUCUGUUUCUGGGGACACAACUAAUGUUCUGAAUCAAAACAAAGACACCACUCCUUCUCAUGCAAUUUCUCUUUCUCUGGAAAACCAGGCUGUGUUUCAACCUGCAACCAAUACACAAAUGCAAGGAGAUCACUUUCAAUACUCUGGUUCGUGGUUUUCACCCUUACCAUCUCAUACCCCUUUAUUUGCUUCUUCUGGCACUGUAGUUCCCCCAAAUCCACAACACCUUGCUAGAGCACCCCCUUUUCCAUCACAAACAAUGAGCCCUUCAAGUCUGAUUUCAGCUUUUGGUGCUCAACCUCCACCUGUUUCUGGAUUCCACCCGUUUAUUCCUAAUCAGCAGUUUUCUAUGCAAGCACCACCACCGACACAAAUCUUACAGCACUCACAAUGGCCUCAAACAAAUCCUUUUGGUCAAGUUGGGCCACCAAGAAAUCCUUCUGUAAUACGUGCACAGAAUUUGUCAGCACCAACAAAUGCUUCACUUUCAUUUCCAGUUUCUUUAAGCCAACCAACACCAACUGGACAACUCCAGACAUCAGUCUCUUCAACGCCUCAACCUUUGUCUGGUAUAUCGCCGUCACCAAUAGCUAACCAGCCAUUAACCCCUCACGGCGUAUCUACUGGACUGGGUGGAGGACCCGUCAAUGUUAAAAUGUCUGUAGGUCUCAGCAAUAUGGGGCCGAUGGCUUCACCGGCAGUUCCCCCUACAAGACCUGUUUCUCUCGGUCCACAACCAGAUGUUGAAUAUAAGUCACCCCAGCCAAAUAUGUUGAUGAUUCCACGACCUGGCAGUAUUCAUCCACAUCAUGCAGGAAUGUCACCUAGACCACCAUUUUCUUUGGUACCAAUGCCAGGAACUGUUCAUUCAACUGGAAACCAUUUAUUAGGGCCUGUUUCAUUUCCUUCGCCAAGAAUAUCCUCUCCACUUCCAUUAGCUCAGCAAUCAGGAAUACCUACUUCUGCCUCUCAAUACUCCCACGUAAACCCACUGGCCUCCAUGCCUUCAAAUUCGGGAAAUUUUACCUUUCAAGGACAGAGGCCCAAUGCAGACUACUAUCAAGCGGUUCCCAGACCAAACAGUCAAGCUACUACUCAGGGUGGUACACAAGAGCCACCUUCCGGUCCACGCCCGCCACCAUUUAGGUUUGCUGUGCCUGAUCAGCCUCUUCAAAGCUUUCAAAGGACACAAGUCUCCAACCAGCUGGAUCCAUCUCAAGCUUAUGUCUCUGCCGCUCCUUUUGGGGGAAGUUCGGGUUCUGUCUCAUUUCCACCCAGACACCCUGCAUUCCCAUAUGCUGGUCAACCUUCACCAAGAUCUCAAGUCCCACAAAUGGGUAUGAGGAACUUCAUUCCUGCCCCUCAAAUGCAAAAUUUGGCCAGUCCUGAUGUCCAAAGAGGUAUGCACAAUCGACAAAGCUAUCCUGCUCAGGGAGCAUGGCCUCUGAAUCAGAAGUUUAGCAACAAUCCCUCCUUGGCGUCCGGUAAGCCAGCACAUCCUGCAGACCAAAUUUAUGAUCCUUUUUCACCUACAUCUGCUGCACCUCCACACCUGAAAGGUAAUCCUGGAAAAUGAGGGAAUUGAAUAUGGCUACAGAUACGAAAUACUGACAAAUACGAAAUGAGGUGAUACUAAUUUCAUAGAUUAGUAAUGGGCAUGGGUGUAAGAUCAUGUUAUUUCUAAGCAGAAAGUUUGGUUGUCUCCCUUUGAUGACUUAUUGUAUUCCUUAUUAAACCGACCUUUCUUUUCUGAAUGCCCAUUGUUGAUGAUUGAUUAGGAAUUGAGUUUCAUUAUAGAUUUUUUUUGAAGAAUAAUGUUAGAUAUUUUGCUAUAUUCAAACAUAACUUUGCCAGAAUAUAAUCAUAUUUUCACUUUAUGUAAA